CUAAAAGACAAGCUUCAAGCGCGAAAGAGGAUCUCCAACCGAGGCUCUUACCCAGGCUCCUCUUCAAUAUUUGAUGCUCCAGCGCCAAAGACCUCAUUUAAGAGGAGUCGUGCUAUAACAGGAUACCCCGGGGGAGGUAUUAAUCCCAGUCUCAUGUCGUGUCACCAUGAGUUCGGCGCCUCCGGCCGAGUUCGCUUUGGGGUGGGGGGACCCCGUGGCGGCGCGAGGAUGACGUUGCUAUACUGACGACCGGGCUCUCGUGUCUGCCGGUGUUGGACCUCCGUGCCGGGCGCUUCAGUGUUCAAGAGACACGGCGGCGAAGGAGCUCUGGUGGAACUGGCCUCGGUUCAUUUUCUUGUCCCGUUAUGGGGCCGGAUUCGCCGCUGCAUACCGGCGAUUGUAACCCAAUAACAUCAUCAGAGCUUGUUUAAUAGCUUGGCCUUUGAUGACGAUUGAUCCAAAAGGGCAUGCUCGUCCACGUCGACAGUAGCGGAGCCACGUUUCCGCAGUCGUUAUAGAAAGACACUCAUCCAUCUAGAAGCCACUCCUGAGAGUCGCCUUGGUUUCCUGCGAUUCUACCACCAUCAGACGCAAGUCCCACUGCUGCAUAGAGGAACUCAGCUUUCAUCAUGAAAGAGUUUACCGCCAAGGAGGUGGCCGAGCACAAGAGCCCGCAAGAUGCGUGGCUCGCCAUCCACGGCAAGGUCUACGAUGUGACCAAGUACCUGAAUGACCACCCUGGCGGCGCCGAGGUGCUGGCCGAAGCCGCGGGCACCGACGCCAGCGAAGAGUUUGACAAUGCCGGCCACUCCGAGGACGCCUUCGAGCUCAUGGAGUCAUACCUGGUGGGCAGCCUUCAAGGCUUCGAGAAGAAGAAGCCCAAGCGCAAGCCUGUCCGCGUCGUCACGCAGCCCACGACGCAGCCAGAACAGAGCGGCGCCGUCAACGGCGGCGGGGCCGUAACGAAGACGGUCAUUCUGGGGCUCUUCUCGCUGGUCGUUGGGGCAGUCUAUUAUUCGGGUCGCCGCUGGGGCUUGAAGACGCCUCUCUGGGCUGCCUCGCUGCUGCAGUUCGGCGGCGGCAAGUCAUCGCCGGGUGGGUUUGGCUUCGUCAGGGGCAUCCUCAUCGGGGGCGGGGCGCUUGCCGCCAUUCAAGGCAUUGUCGCGCGUCGGUUCGCACAGCUGGUCUGGGGGAGCAAAAAGACCUUCACCAGCUAUCCCGCGCACAUGAUGGUACCAAAGCGGAUCGAAGAGGACACGCUGCUGCAGAGAGGGCUGCUCGACCCCGUCAAGUACUCAUCGCUGCCGCUCAAGACCAAGACGCUCAUCGCCCCCAACGUCUACCGCUUCAUCUUCACCCUUCCCACCGCGAGCACCGUGCUGGGCCUGCCGAUAGGGCAGCACGUUGUCAUCAAGGCCGACGUCGCGGGCGAGAGCGUCGCCCGGUCCUACACGCCCGUGUCCAACAACGCAGACCGCGGCGUCCUCGAGCUCCUCGUCAAGGUGUACCCGGGCGGCAAGCUGACGAGCGGCUACCUGGCGGGCCUGCAGACCGGCGACGAGGUCCUCUUCAGGGGCCCCAAGGGCGCGAUGCGGUACCGCCCCGGCCUGUGCAGGAAGCUGGGCAUGGUCGCCGGCGGGACGGGCAUCACGCCCAUGUUCCAGGUCAUCCGCGCCAUCUGCGAGCACGACCGCGACACGACGCACGUCAGCCUCCUCUACGCGAACCGCACCGAGGAGGACAUUCUCCUGCGCGAGGAGCUCGACGCCUUUGCGCGGCGCUACCCCAAGAACCUGCAGGUGUACUACCUGCUGGACCGGCCGCCGGAGAAGUGGGAGUACGGCUCGGGCUACGUCACGCGCGAGCUGAUGGCGGACAAGCUGCCGGGCCCGGGGCCGGACACCAAGAUGAUGCUCUGCGGGCCGCCGGGUCUGGUCACCGCUGCGAAGAAGUCGCUCGUGAGCCUGGGCUUCGAGCAGCCGGGGGCGUCGGCAAAGGCAACGGACCAGAUUUUCUGCUUCUAG